AUGCAUUACAGCAACUUCAUCGCCCUCCUCGCUGCCGCUUCCAGCGCUGUGGCUGCUCCACUUGCUGCUCCCGAGGCGGCUGCUGAGAGCAUCCAGGCUCUGGACAAGCGCGCUCCUACGGUCGCUCACGACUCUCUUUGGCCCAUGCCUGAAAAGGUCCGUGGUGGCGUUGAAGGUAAUGCCAUCCGCCGCUACGAGCCGUUCCUCCACAUCGCUUCCGGCUGCCAGUCGUACACCGCCGUCAACGACAAGGGCCAGGUGAGCGGUGGUCUCGACAACACUGGCAGUGCCACCGGUGGCUGCAGGGAUGACCGCCGCGGUCAGACCUAUGCCCGCGGUGCCUGGCACAAUGGCCGCUACGCCAUUAUGUACGCCUGGUACUUCCCCAAGGACCAGAUCUCCGACGGCGGUGGCAACUUCGGUCACCGCCACGACUGGGAGAACGUCGUCAUCUGGAUUGACAACCCGGCCAACGCCAACCCCCGCGUCUUCGGUGCCGCCGCUUCGGGUCAUGGCUCCUACAAGAAGACCACCAACCCCCAGAUGCGCGAUGGCAACCGCCUCCAGGUCGAAUACAUGACCAACUUCCCCACGAAUCACGAGCUGCAGUUCAAGACCAGCCCUGGCCGUGACUUCUGGAUGGUCGAUUGGAGUACGCUCCCUAAGGCUACCACGGACGCCCUCAAUGAGCACAAGUGGGGCAAAGCCAACUGUCCGUUCAACAAAGACAACUUCAACAAUAACCUCAACAAGGCUUGGGUCUAA